AUGAAGAAACAAUUCUACAGGGUGAAACAACUUGCUGAUCAAACAUUCUCCAGAUCAGGUAAAGGUGAAGCUUUGACAGAUGAACUUCAAACAGCUGACCGUAAAGUGGAACAUCUACGAAAUGCACUACACUUGAUCAGCAAGAAAUUAGCAACAUGUGCUGGUAACACACAAGGGCAAGACCCUGCUGCCCGUGAGAAAAGGCUCAAGAAACUACCUGAAUAUAUGCUGGGGCUGUCAAUGUGUGAAGCCAGUAACUUUGAUGAUGAUGACAGCAUUUUAAAAUAUAUAUUAUAUGAGUGUGGUAAAACAGAAAAAUUUCUAGCUAAUGAAAUAGCUGAGCAUGAAUUAAAAGUAGAACAGCUGGUGUGUGCACCGCUGUCAGCAAUUAGUGAUCAAGACCUUCCAGCCAUAAUGAAGGCAAAGAAACAGCUCAGCCGAUUAAUAAGUGAAAAAGAGUCUGCUACUAGCAAAUAUCAUAAUUUAGAACGCCAAAAAGAAGAGAAUCCAGCGAAAUUGAAUGCAGCACGUGAAGAGUUGGAAGAGGCGGGAACGCGGGUGGAGGCUGCUCGCGAUGCUCUUGCAGCAGAUAUAGAGCCUAUCAUGAAUCUGCUUUGCAAUUCACUGCAAGAUACCGUACCUGAACUUGAAAGGUUCAUCAAUGAUAGUUCCGUGAAGCCUGUAUUUGGUUAUCCUCUCGAGGAACAUCUAAGAGUUACUGGACGAACCAUAGCAUUUCCAUUAGAGCUGUGCAUUUGCACACUUCACGAGCUUGCCCUUAAUGAGGAAGGCUUAUUCAGGAUUGCCGGCGGUCUGUCGAAGGUGAGAAGGAUGAAGUUGUCGUUGGACGCGGGGCUGUUUACCGUACCGCUGCCGCGCGACUACCGCGACGUGCACGUCGUCGCUUCCGUGCUCAAGUCUUACCUGCGCGAAUUACCAGAGCCUCUCCUCACCUAUCGCCUCUACGAGAACUUUAUAAACGCGUCGCGUCAAAGCACUGAGCAAGCCCGCCUUAACGCCGUAUGGGAUGCCAUACACCUGUUGCCGCCUGCCAACUACCAGAACCUCAGGUAUCUCAUCAAGUUCUUGUCCGCUUUAACUCAGAACCAAAGCACAAACAAGAUGACGCCGUCCAACCUUGCUAUCGUGAUCGCUCCGAACCUCCUGUGGGCUGCCGAUGAAAGCACCCUAGACAUGUACAUCACCAGCGCUGUCAACUGCGUCGUGGAACUGCUAGUGAAGCACGCUGACUGGUUUUUCAAAGACGAGAUCAACUUCUUUGUUACGUUCACUAAGGAGGACCUGCUGCCCGACCAGUGCGAGUACGGCUUCUCACCCAACUUCGUCCACGGCUACAACCAAACUGCGGCGCUGAGCCAGGAUCAGGCGAACGGGGACUACCACUCUAUGAGCAAGUCCAUGUUCGAUUAUAACCACCACGCGGUGCAGCAAAAGGUUCUCGCGGACGCCCCCGGCCGUCAUUCCCGAAGCAACAGCCAUGACACUAGUUUAAUACUAUUAGAUGGUGAUAUAAAGAAAGCCCAAUCAAACAGUUCCCUGUCCGACCAAUCUAGUCCACCGCACGGGAGCCCCAAGCCUACCAUGAGGCGGAAAAACAAGGCGCCCGUGCCGCCCAACUUCACCCCGGACAAGGGCAAGCAGAAGACGGAGGCGAAAGAGCAGCAGCCACCUACCAAAGUAGAGAACGAGAAGCCGGCCAAGCCCCCGCGACCGGUCAUCUCCGACACGGGCAAAAUCAUCACCGGCGUGCAGACGAUCAACAGAUCCACGUACCGCCAGAGCAAGGCGCUCAAAGAGGAGGCGGCGAAGAGCGGCAGCCGCGAGAACCUUGCGGACGCGCGUCGCCAGAGCCUCGACAUGGACAAGGAGAAGGUGGAGAGCCUGAAAGCGAUCGAGGGCCGCGCGGAGAGGGAGCCGUCGACGCUGGUCGUGCGCAACGUGACCGCCACCGCCGGCGUGGUGGGCAGGAUGAAGGUGAUCGGCGACGGGUGCAGCGGGCCCGCCUCGCUCGGCGCCGAGGCGAAAGCGCCGCCGUCCAGGGCGCAGGUGGGCGGCAAGCCGGGCGGGCAGCCGCCGCCGCGGCCUGUCGCCGCGCCCAGGACCAUCGUGCCGGCGCCGGCGGACGCCGAGCCCGGCGACGUGCAGCUGCGCCACAAGCCGGCCGUGCCCGAGCGGCCGGCCACGCUGCGCCCGCAGAGCUUCCGCGCGCGCACCUCCGCGGACGGCGCGGACCCGGCGCCCACCGUGCUCGAGCGCGCCCACGUGUACACGGUGGACAAGCAGCACCCCACCGUGAUCCAGGUGGGCGGCCACGCGGACGCGGAGGAGCCGCCCCGGAAUGCGGUGCAGCGCACGCACAGCUCCGGCGGCAAGGACGCCGACCUCGAGGAGCCCAAGGGCCUGAGCAGCGCCAGCCGCCAGCUCUCGCAGAGCGAGGGCAGCAUAACGGAGGGCCCGCUGUCGCCGCGCGCCCGCCCCCCCCGGCCGAUGGUACCGGCGCCCCCGCCCCCCGUCUCGCCGCCGCAGCACGAGAGCACCGACCUC